UCUUUGACCGGUGUCCUGUAACAACGGCAUCUCUUAACAGUGUCUGUUCACCAGUCAGAGUUAGUACUACUUUUAUUCGCGUCUUGAGAAUUCCAAUUCCAUAGAGUCCACGUGACUCGUAGUUCGUUGAAUCAGGUAGCCAGGUAAAAAUUAAAAAAUGAGUAUACAGGCCGCCUUUAUGGCGUUUCUGUUUUGUUUUCUGACACCUUCAGCUUUAGCAGGUAGCUGUUUAGAAGCCAAUCUUUGUUGCCCUGGUCGUGAUUCAUCGUGUGUAGUUCAAAAAACUCCCAUAAAUGCCAUUAUUGAAGAUCCUACUGACAAGCCAUGCUAUUGUGAUCACGCGUGUCUUAAGCUUGGCGAUUGUUGUUCCGACUUUAAACCAGCUUGUGGAGUUAUUGAUUGUGUCAUGUCAGAAUGGGAAUCGUGGAGUGAGUGUGAUACUGAAUGCGGAAACGGUAUGAUGACACGUAAGAGACAAGUGAUCAAAGCGCCAGAAAAUGGAGGUAAACACUGUUCAUCAUUGCUGCAAAAGCGGGCUUGCAUGGGAACUAGAUGCCCCAACUACCCUGGCAGUGCCCUCAAAGAAACUGCCAUGUUGCUCCCUGCAUCAUUUGCCUCUGGUCGAUUGAACAAUGAAUCUCAAGAUAUUCGUCAUAAUUUAAAAUACAGGCUAUCAAAAGAUCCAGUCGAUUUGGAAUCAAAAGAGUAUUGUGUUCUUUUUGAAGUAAUGAAAGCGACCAAAGCUUGUAGGAAAGUGUCUGAAUACUCGUUGCUGCGAGAAGGAGAACGGGUGUGUGUGCGAUGUGACGCUCAAGCGAUGCGCCAGUCGCUUGGGUUUCGUUGUCCAGGGCAUGGGACAAUGGAUAGGUCGACUAGGUGGGCAGUUCUGUCAGCGCCUCAUUGUCACGGUAAAUGGGUCCGUUUAGAAUCCGCAGGACAGCAAAAUGGACAUUCGUGUCCCAUGUGCAAAAAAGGAGCGCAAUUCGUUUUUGUAUAAACAUUUCGUCUUGUAUUUUAUUUUAUUUGUAAAUCGAUGACAACAAUUUAUUAUUUUUCUACUCUAAACAUAUUGUCAUCUUCACUAUCAUCAUAUCAUCUUAUUAGAAAGCAGACACAUAAAAAAAUGUUACUUAAGUCUGAGUUCAUCAUUUGCUGAUUAUGGACAAAUUUUUAUAGUCUGGAAAUAAUAUUAGAUUUACUGAUAUUGUAUAGGAAUUUUCCCCUACGCAUGCGCCAAUUGGCUGAUUACAUAUAAGUAUGAUUAAAGUUAUUAUUGACUGGUAUGAUAUCUCUAUUUCUUGUGCAAUUUAUUUUACAUAUCCUUUUUUUUCUUUAAUCAAUUAAUUGAAAAAAAUAGUAAUUUUUAUCACAAUAUACUUCCUAUUAUUUUCCAUUAAUUAUUCUUAUAAAAUUAUAUACUUAUAUUUGGUACUUUUAUUCAAUUUUAGAUUAUAGUAAGAUUUAUGAUAAUUGAUGAAUUAUAUCUAAAUGUAUAUAUUUCGUAA